AUGGUUAAUCCUUUGAUUUAAAAGGUAUUCGAAAAAAUGGCAUUAAAAAUUACAGAAAAAUAUGCUGAUAAAUAUAUGUAAUUAUUAAAAAGAAGUGGAGUAGAUUUUAAUAAAUUUUAAAUACCAAAAAUAAAUUUUAAUUUCGAUAAUUUAUUAAAAUACAAAUAUAAAAUAAAAAAUUAACAAUAAACCAAAUAAUCCUAAAAACCAGAAAAUAUUGAUAAUAAUGAUUAAGAAUAAUAACAACCAAAAAAAAAUAUUUCAAUUUUUUAAUUUUUCAUAAUACAAAAUAAACAUAAACUAUAAUUAAUUUAAAGAAAAAUAUAAAAUUAAUACUAUGGAAGACAUAUUUAUAAAAACACGAGCCAAAUAUAUAGAAUAUUAUCAAAAAUAUGA